UUAUUAUGACGUUUGCCGUUUCUCAAAAGAGGUGUCGAUAAAUCGUGUUUAUUUGCAAAAUUUAAUUUUGAAAUGGCUGCGGAAAUUAAGCCUGCUCCAAGAACACCUAACGAUAGGUUCUCUACAACGAAAAAACCGGCGCUGUUGAACAAGUUGGAAGGCUGUACGGACGACGUCAAUGCUGCCGUAGUAAUCCCAGGCGAGGAUGGUGUAAUUAGCGUUUGUGAUGAUAAGACAGUACGAGUGUGGCUGAAGCGUGACUCAGGGCAGUAUUGGCCUAGUAUCUGCCAGUACAUGCCCUCUGGGUGCACCUCCAUGUUCUACACACCAGAGACACGCCAAUUAUUUAUCGGACAAGAGAAUGGAACUGUUUCUGAGUUCACAUUAGCUACAGACUGCAAUAGAAUUAAUCCUAGUCGCGAGUAUUUAGCUCACACGGCACGCGUUACGGCGGUCGUGUUUUCGCUGAGCUGCGAGUGGGUGCUCUCUGUAAGUCGGGACAAGCUGUUCUCCUACCACUGCAGCGAGACGGGCCGCAGGAUCGGCGGAUACUCGUUCGAGGCGUGGUGCACCGCUUUGCAGUUUGACUCUCAGUCGAAGUAUGCGUUCGUGGGCGAUUACAGCGGACAGAUAACGAUGCUGAAACUGGAUAAUAAUGGAGCUACUCUAGUCACUACGCUGAAAGGACAUACAGGUUCCGUCAGAGUGUUGAACUGGGCUCCUAUACCUCAAUUACUCUUUAGUGGCUCCUUCGACCAGACAAUUAUUGUUUGGGACAUUGGUGGGCAGAAGGGCACAGCGUACGAACUUCAAGGCCAUAGUAACAAAGUGACCGGGCUCUGGUACGUUGGCGGGUGCGAACGGCUAGUGUCAGCUGGUGAGGACGGCGCCCUCGGCGUAUGGGAGAUGGGAGUGCGGCGCAGAGAGACGCCCACGUGGAAGGAGGCCGACCUCUGUCAGCUGUGCCGCGCGCCCUUCAUAUGGAACGUGCGCGCCAUGAUGGAGAGGAAGCAACUCGGUCUCCGGCAGCACCAUUGCCGAUGGUGCGGGGCGGCAGUAUGCGCGACUUGCUCGGCGCACCGCUUACCGCUGCCGGUGAUGGGAUUCGAGUUCCCGCAGCGAGUGUGCAGCGGCUGUUACGAGACCCUACGCCAUGAGCCGCGAGAAUCGCUAGCAUCCUUCCACGAUAUGAAGCAUGCGGUGGCAUCGUUAUACGUAGACGAAGCCACCGGUCGAAUGUGCACCGCGGGCAAAGACCGAGUCAUCAAAGUGUGGGACAUUUCUGUACUACUCGCGCCUGGCCCGAAACCCGGCACCAGCGACCAAUAGCCACUGUGAGUCCACUCUAUUCCGUUGUUAUAAGGCGCAGAUUCGUCUGUACUCCGAACGAGGCGAGCUCGGCGGCCGCUGCAUCGAAAAUCACCUCUCACACCAUUGUAAUAAGGUUUAAUACUACUGAGUUUGUGUAUAAUAAAGAACUCGCGAAAACUUUUCUAAAUAAAAUACAAUUCCAUUUAGGUCGGUUUAUUAGUUACUGGAAAAUAUUAAAUUUUGCUAAGAGGCUGGCUAUGUGGCUGCCCUUGCAGCACAAUACAAACCUAACACCAGCGACUGUAAGUGCACUCUAUUCCUAUGUUAUAAGGCGCAGAUUCGUGUGUACUCCGAACGAGGAGAGCUCAGCGGCCGCUGCAUCGAAAAUCACCUCUCACGCCAUUGUAAUAAGGUUUAAUGCUACUGAGUUUGUGUGUUAUAUAUUAAAGAACUCGCGCAAACAUUCGGGUUAUUAGAUACUGGAAAAUGUUAAAUCUGGCUCAGUGGCUGAGCUAUGUGUCUACUCCUACUUUAAUACAUACGCAAUAAGGAUUAAUUUCUUUAUUUUAAUAUUUCACUUUUAGCCUUUUGUCCUUCUUACAACCUUAUGCGUAGGUAUUAAGAUCAUAAUGCAUAGUUGAUAAUAGCCCUGUUUGUAUUUAGUAAUAUAUGUCUUUAUUACAAGUGAUUCAGAGUCAAACUCGAAUUGUCAUACUAUAUAAUAUCAAUAGUGCAAUUUUAUUGUCAAUAUGACAUUACUUUAUCAUCGGUGGCCACUUUUACAAUAUCAAUUUGCUAAAGCGGAAAUGCAUGUUUCGCCCCUAUUUCGAAGAACAAAGAGUUCUUAUUGGCUUGUUUUUCAUGUAAUGGUUAAACUGCGCCUCAACUCCAGUAACUAACUAACACAGCAAACGGUAAACACCUUAUUUUCGCCUGUAUUUCUACGGCAAACCAAGUUUUUUUAUUUUUUAACAUCACUAUGCAUUGGCGGUUAGAAGCCAUUCACGUUUCUAUUCCAAUGACCGCACGGAUCAUUUUCGCUAAAGUGCGAUAGUGACCAAAUUGUUAGUUUCUAUAUUUUAUUCUCCGACAAAAUCUUCAAUUUGUUGGUGCUAAAGUUAUUUCGAUUUUAGCGAAUUUGACCACUGUUUAACAGCGAUUAGAGUUUAUUAUUUUUUUAACUGAUUAUAUUAUGAUUAAUUAAUUGUAAUGUGCGUUUUAUAAAUUAUAUUUUGUUUUUAUCGUCCCAACUAAUUCCUUGUGUCAGUUGUGCGCUAAGACUGAGCCAUUCUUGUUGAUAAAAGAUUAGAUCUUAAGCCUGCACCACGCCAACAGAUAUAUGUAACGAACUAGUUUAAACUUGUUUAUUAUUAUGUAUUCUCAUUAAAGAGUUACUAUUAAUAUUAUUAUGCGAGCCAAAGUUCCAUUUCAAAUCAUACACGAACUGCUUAUAAAUGUGCUCGUACUUUAAAAACUAACU